CCAUGGCCGCCACUCCUACCUUUCUCCUCCUCGUACUCAUCUUCCUCCUGGCCACCGCGACCUGCUCCACCGCCGCCGGCUCAUCCCCCUCCAACGCCUCCUUGGAAGCCGCCGCCCUCGCCAACCUCUCCGCGGCGCUCGCCGAUCCAUCGGGCUACCUUUCCGCGCACUGGACGCCGGUCACGCCGCUCUGCUCGUGGCCGCGCCUCUCCUGCGACGCCGCCGGCUCGCGCGUCAUCUCCCUCGACCUCUCCGCCCUCAACCUCUCCGGCCCCAUCCCCGCCGCCGCCCUCUCCUCCCUGACGCACCUCCAGUCCCUCAACCUCUCAAACAAUCUCUUCAAUUCGACAUUCCCGGAGGCGCUCAUCGCCAGCCUUCCCAACAUUCGCGUUCUCGACCUCUACAACAACAACCUCACCGGCCCGCUCCCUUCGGCGCUCCCCAAUCUCACGAACCUCGUGCACCUCCACCUCGGCGGCAAUUUCUUCUCCGGCAGCAUCCCGGGGUCGUACGGCCAGUGGAGCCGUAUCCGGUACCUGGCCCUCUCCGGCAACGAGCUCACGGGGGCGGUACCGCCUGAGCUCGGCAACCUGACCACGCUGAGGGAGCUGUACCUCGGGUACUUCAACAGCUUCACUGGCGGGAUACCCCGGGAGCUCGGGAGGCUGCGGGAGCUCGUGCGGCUGGACAUGGCGAGCUGCGGGAUCUCCGGAACGAUCCCCCCGGAGGUGGCGAACCUGACGUCGCUCGACACUCUGUUUCUUCAGAUCAACGCGCUGUCCGGGAGGCUGCCGCCUGAGAUAGGCGCAAUGGGGGCACUCAAGUCGCUCGACCUGUCCAACAACUUGUUCGUCGGGGAGAUCCCCGCGAGCUUCGUGUCACUCAAGAACAUGACGCUGCUAAACCUCUUCCGGAACCGCCUCGCCGGUGAGAUUCCCGGGUUCGUCGGCGACCUGCCGAGCCUCGAGGUGCUGCAGCUGUGGGAGAACAACUUCACCGGCGGAGUGCCCGCGCAGCUGGGCGUGGCGGCGACGAGGUUGAGGAUCGUCGACGUGAGCACAAAUAAGCUCACGGGCGUUCUCCCGACCGAGCUGUGCGCCGGCAAGCGGCUGGAGACGUUCAUCGCGCUUGGGAAUUCUCUGUUUGGCGGCAUUCCGGACGGGCUCGCCGGGUGCCCAUCGUUGACGAGGAUUCGUCUGGGAGAGAAUUAUCUCAAUGGGACCAUACCGGCCAAAUUGUUCUCGCUGCAGAACCUGACGCAGAUAGAGCUGCACGACAAUUUGCUGUCCGGUGAGCUCCGUCUGGAGGCCGGCGAGGUGUCGCCAUCGAUCGGGGAGCUGAGUCUAUAUAACAACCGGUUGUCCGGCCCGGUGCCGGCGGGGAUCGGCGGGCUCUCGGGGCUGCAGAAACUGCUGAUAGCCGGGAACAUAUUGUCCGGCGAGCUCCCGCCGGCGAUCGGGAAGCUACAGCAGCUCUCGAAGGUGGACCUCUCCGGGAACCGGAUAUCCGGGGAGGUGCCUCCGGCGAUCGCCGGAUGCAGGCUGCUCACCUUCCUCGACCUGUCCGGCAACAAGCUCUCCGGCAGCAUCCCCACAGCGCUGGCCAGCCUGCGAAUCCUCAACUACCUCAACCUGUCCAACAACGCGCUCGACGGGGAGAUCCCGGCUUCGAUCGCCGGAAUGCAGAGUUUAACAGCCGUCGACUUCUCGUACAACGGGCUCUCUGGCGAGGUCCCGGCCACGGGCCAAUUCGCCUACUUCAACUCCACUUCCUUCGCCGGCAACCCCGGCCUAUGCGGGGCAUUCCUUUCCCCGUGCCGCACCACCCACGGCGUCGCCACGUCGUCGGCCUUCGGGUCCCUCUCCUCGACCUCGAAGCUCCUCCUGGUCCUUGGCCUCCUCGCGCUGUCCAUCGUCUUCGCGGGUGCGGCCGUGCUGAAGGCGCGGUCCCUGAAGCGGUCCGCUGAGGCGCGCGCGUGGCGGAUCACGGCGUUCCAGCGGCUGGACUUCGCCGUGGACGACGUGCUGGACUGCCUCAAGGACGAGAACGUGAUCGGCAAGGGCGGGUCCGGGGUCGUGUACAAGGGCGCCAUGCCGGGGGGCGCCGUGGUGGCCGUGAAGCGGCUGCUCUCCGCCGCGCUCGGGCGCUCGGCGGGGUCCGCGCACGACGACUACGGCUUCUCCGCCGAGAUACAGACGCUGGGGCGGAUCAGGCACCGGCACAUCGUGCGGCUGCUCGGGUUCGCGGCCAACCGCGAGACCAACCUGCUGGUGUACGAGUACAUGCCCAACGGCAGCCUCGGCGAGGUGCUCCACGGUAAGAAGGGGGGACACCUGCAGUGGGCGACGCGGUACAAGAUCGCUGUCGAGGCCGCCAAGGGGCUCUGCUACCUGCACCACGACUGCUCGCCGCCGAUACUGCACCGCGACGUCAAGUCCAACAACAUCCUCCUCGACGCCGACUUCGAGGCGCACGUCGCCGACUUCGGCCUCGCCAAGUUCCUCCACGGCAGCAACGCCGGGGGCUCCGAGUGCAUGUCCGCGAUCGCCGGCUCCUAUGGAUACAUCGCUCCUGAGUACGCCUACACGCUGAAGGUGGACGAGAAGAGUGACGUGUACAGCUUCGGCGUCGUGUUACUAGAGCUCAUUGCCGGCCGCAAGCCGGUCGGUGAGUUCGGCGACGGCGUAGACAUCGUGCAAUGGGUGCGGAUGGUGGCCGGCUCGACCAAGGAAGGCGUGAUGAAGAUCGCCGACCCUCGCCUCUCGACGGUUCCCAUCCAGGAGCUCACGCACGUCUUCUAUGUGGCGAUGCUCUGUGUCGCGGAGCAGAGCGUCGAGCGGCCUACAAUGCGGGAAGUCGUGCAGAUCCUAACUGACUUGCCUGGGACGACGACGUCCAUGAGCCUGCCGCCGCCCGACCUCGAAGAAGGAAGAGAGGAGAACCAGGGACAUGAGCAGCAGCAGGGGGAGCCACACGACUCUCCGGCACAUCAGGAUCUCCUUAGCAUCUAGGAGUGUUUUGCUCGUAGUAUAGUAGUGGCAGUACCUUGUAGCAUCCCAUGUACCUUGUGGUGUACUCUUUAGAAUGUGGUAGUGUGUCCGGAAGCGUGUGCAAGGGGAGGCAAAGCAUGUGCUAGAUUAGUGUUCCAGUAUGAUAAAUCGUGGAUUGGAACCGUGUAAUCACUGUAUUGUCUUCUUGUACAAAGCAGCUAGUUGGUCUCCAAUGGAAAAAAAAAAACAACGGCAAACCGUGCACGUCU